AUGGGAUUAACAGAGAACCAAAAUGAAAUUCUAUUCAUAAUCUACGCAUCAAUAUCAGCAUUGAGCUUAGCUGGCUCAAUCUUUAUAUGCAUUGUCUAUUUGAGCUUCAAAGACCUUCAGAUUUUUCAAUUCAAGUUAGUCACCUACUUAGCAUUAGUAGAUGCAGGUACAUCUCUUUCGUUCUUUUUGCCAAGUUAUCUUGAUGAUAUCAUAUGCCAAGCUCAAGCAUUCCUGAUUUCAUUCUUUACACUUUCAGGAGUCCUUUGAACUUCUGCAAUAGCUCAUGCCCUCUAUAAAUCUGCAAUUCGAGAAUAUAAAGAUAUACCUUAUUAUAUGGUUCCUAUUUUUUGAAAUUCUAGCAUAAAUAACUUUAAUUCAAUAUAAAUUGUAUAUCAGCAUUUACCACAAGCCUUACAUUCUGUAUGCUUGCGGGCUUGCCUUGCUAGCUUCUAUAGCUCCUUUUAUUACUGAAAGUUAUGGCAAUGCCGACAGCUGAUGCUGGGUCAGAACCGAUAAAGACCGUGCUCAAGAAACGAUCCUCCGACUAUUGAUAUAUUAUAUUCCCCUCUGACUAGUCAUUCCUUUUAACCUUAUAGUCUACCUUAAAGUCAUUGUAAAAAUAAACCGAGAAAUCUCAAACAUAAACGAAGAAGAAUUUACUAGAAGGCAGCUUAUAAGGAAACUCUUAUUAUACCCACUCAUUCUCAUUAUUUGUCAAACUCCUGUCACAAUCAACAGGAUCCAUGAUUAUUUUGACGACGAUCCAGAAUUCGCUUUAGUCCUGAUAUCAGGGGUCGGAAUUUGUAUCAAUGGGUUGCUUAAUGCGAUUAUAUACGGAUGCACAGAAAGCGUGAAGCUAGCUGUAGCCAGUUGGUGGAGAGGCAAUGGCAAAACCAGGUCGACCAGAGUUAGUUUUCUUUCUGACGAAAGCAAUAAGAUGGACGAACUUAAUACAUUUUAA